AUGGGUACCUUUCCAGAUUUUCUGGGUUUAUUUCUGCUAUGUGGGAUGCUGCAUUGCAUUGUUGAAUGCCAUGUCCAUUACCACGACUUUGUACUCAAGAAGGAGAACUUUACAAGAUUAUGUAACACAAAGAGCAUGCUGGUAGUGAAUGGCAGUUUUCCGGGGCCAGUCAUUCGUGUGCAAAAGGGGGAUACUGUCUUUGUCAAUGUUCACAAUCAAGGAGAUUAUGGAGUCACUAUUCACUGGCACGGAGUACAUCAACCAAGAAAUCCAUGGUCAGAUGGUCCUGAGUAUAUCACACAAUGUGCCAUUGAACCUGGUUCAAAUUUUACUUACGAGGUUAUAUUUUCCGAUGAGGAAGGAACACUUUGGUGGCAUGCUCAUAGUGAAUGGACCAGAGCAAGUGUCCAUGGUGCCAUUGUCAUUAGGCCCGUUGAUAAUACAGAGUUUCCAUUUCCUAAACCUGAUGGAGAAGAUAUUAUUGUAUUUGGAAGUUGGUAUAAUACUACUGAAGAUGUGAACGAUGUGGUUGCUGAGGACCUCCAAGAUGGUAGUGACACUCCUAACUCGGAUUGCUACACAAUAAAUGGACAACCAGGAGAUUUUCUCCCAUGUUCAAACGCUAGUACGUAUCGCUUGCAAGUGGAGUAUGGCAAGACAUAUCUUCUUCGCCUUAUUAAUGCAGUUAUGAAUGUAGAAAUUUAUUUUGCAAUUGCUGAACAUAGCCUCACUGUUGUCGGUAUGGAUGCAUCAUAUGUUAAACCUAUUGUGACAGACUUUAUCAUGAUUGGUCCUGGACAAACAAUGGAUAUUUUGAUCACGGCCAACCAGCCUCAGGGCACAUACUACAUGGCCGGUAGACAAUAUAACACUGUGAGGAAGGAUAUUUUAGACUAUGAUAAUUCAACUGUGACAGGAAUUCUCGAGUAUAAAGGCAAUUACACACUCCCAACGCACCCAAUUUUUCCAAGUACCCUACCUACCUUAUUUGAUUUAGUAGCAGCAAAAAAAUUCACAGAUCGUCUCAAGAGCCUGGCAACCAUAAGCCACCCAGCAGAUGUGCCGAAGAAUUUAACCACCAGAAUGUACUUAAUAGCUUCAUCUAAUUAUGGUUUCGUUAAUCACUCUGGUCAGUACGAAACUGGCGUAGCUGCUAGUUUAAACAAUGUAAGCUGGGCUAACCCAUCAACAGAUGUGUUACGUGCAUACUACAGGAACAUGGAAGGAUUUUAUACCUCAGACUUUCCUAAUUUUCCACCAUCAUUUUAUGACUUCGCGUCAGAAGAUUAUCCUGAUACUACGAUCAUAACUGCCAAAGCAACCAAGGUCAAGGUAUUAGAGUACAAUGAAGAGGUUGAAAUAGUGUUCCAAGGUACUAAUGUGCUUGAUGCUUCUGAGGAUCAUCCCAUGCACAUGCAUGGCUAUAGCUUUUAUGUAGUUGGAUCAGGUACUGGAAAUUUUGACAAUGAAACAGACCCCAAAGCGUAUAAUUUGGUUGAUCCUCCAAAGAUGAAUACUGUUUCACUCCCAAAAGUAGGAUGGGUUGCUAUUAGAUUCAAAGCAAGUAAUCCUGGGGUUUGGUUUUGGCAUUGUCAUUUUGAUCGACAUUUGACUUGGGGUAUGAGCUUUGUGAUGAUAGUCAAAGAUGGAGAUACACCUGAGACGAGCAUACGUAAACCACCCCCAAACAUGCCUCCAUGUAAUGGUUCACCAACCAUCAGGCUACAACCUUUUGAUAUGCUCAGAAAGAUAGCAGGUGACUCAAAAUAGCUAGUUGAAAUCCAA